AUGCUUGUGCCAGCCCACUUCCUGCUGCUGCUGCUGCUGCUCUUAGGGUCCCCUGGGAUGGGUCUAUCCUAUAAGUUCUCCAAAGCCGAGUCCAUCUUCUGCUGCAUCAAGACAGCCCUGUCUGAGGCCGAGAAGAGCCAGCUGGAGGAUGCACCCCUGCUGAGCAAGAGAGGCUUCCCCUACCUGCCCAGCCAGGACCCAUUCUCAGGAGAGAACAAGGGGAGGGAGGAGGAGGAAGAGGGCAAGAAGAAAAGGACCUUCUCUGGUCCUGGGGGUGGUAGUGGAGCUGGAAACACCCCGUACAAGUACCUGUCCCAAGCGCAGUUCAAGGGGAGGAUGAACCAGGAAAAAGACAAGGGUGACCGGCGCACAAGGCUUACUCUAUCCCUUGACGUCCCCACUAACAUCAUGAACAUCCUCUUCAACAUCGCCAAGGCCAAGAAUUUGCGAGCCAAGGCAGCUGCCAAUGCCCAUCUGAUGGCACAGAUUGGACGGAAGAAGUAG